CUGCGGCCCGCGUCCCCGGAGUCCCGGCCUCUGUCGCGUCCGUCGCCGUCCCCCUCCAGGCGCCGAGCCCUGCGAGCUCCGGGCGGGCACCAGGGCGCGCAGGCAUGGGCGGCCAAGCCAGAGCGCGCCGGGCGGCCGCGGCGCUGGGCGUCCUGGGGCUGCUGUGCGCUGUGCUGGGCGCUGUCAUGAUCGCGAUGUUGCCCUCGCUCAUGAAGCAGCAGGUCCUCAAGAACGUGCGCAUCGACCCCAACAGCCUGUCCUUCGGCAUGUGGAAGCAGAUCCCCGUCCCCUUCUACCUGUCCGUCUACUUCUUCAGCGUGCUCAACCCCGACGGGGUCCUGCAGGGGGAGAAGCCGCAGGUGGAGGAGCGGGGGCCCUACGUGUACAGAACUGUUUCCUUGCCUUUCCACCCUGCCACUCUGGAACCCGCAAAAGCAGCUGCGCGGGCCGUGAUCUGCGGCAUGGGCCGGGAGCUGUGGGCCAGGCCUCCGCUGGGUGCCAGCGACAGUCGGGGCACAGCCGGCUUCGCUGGUGCCGCGGUGAUGAUGGAGAACAGGCCCAUGAGCCUGAAGCUGAUCAUGACCCUGGCCUUCAGCACCCUCGGCCAGCGCGCCUUCAUGAACCGCACCGUCGGGGAGAUCAUGUGGGGCUACGACGACCCCCUCGUGAACCUCAUCAAUAAGUACUUCCCAGGCAUGUUCCCCUUCAAGGGCAAGUUCGGGUUAUUUGCUGAGGUCAACAACUCCAACUCCGGGCUCUUCACCGUGUUCACGGGGGUCAAAGACUUCAGCAGGAUCCACCUCGUGGACAAGUGGAACGGACUCAGCAAGGUCAACUACUGGCAUUCGGACCAGUGCAACAUGAUCAACGGAACCUCCGGGCAGAUGUGGGCGCCAUUCAUGACUCCCGAGUCCUCGCUGGAGUUCUACAGCCCCGACGCCUGCCGGUCCAUGAAGCUCAUCUACAAGGAGCCGGGGGUGUUUCAGGGCAUCCCCACCUACCGCUUCGUGGCCCCCAAAACCCUGUUUGCCAACGGGUCUGACUACCCGCCCAACGAAGGCUUCUGCCCGUGCAUGGAGUCCGGCAUCCAGAACGUGAGCACCUGCAGGUUCAGUGCCCCCUUGUUUCUCUCCCAUCCUCACUUCUACAACGCCGACCCGGUCCUGGCGGAAGCGGUGACGGGCCUGCACCCCAACCAAGAGGAGCAUUCCUUGUUCCUGGACGUCCACCCGGUCACUGGGAUCCCCAUGAACUGCUCCGUGAAGCUGCAGCUGAGCCUCUACAUCAAGGCUGUCAAAGGCAUCGGACAAACGGGGAGCAUCGAGCCGGUGGUCCUGCCGCUGCUGUGGUUUGGAGAGAGCGGGGCCAUGGAGGGCGAGCCGCUGAACGCCUUCUACAGGCAGCUGGUGCUGAUGCCCAAGGUGCUUCACUAUGCGCAGUACGUGCUCCUCGGCCUGGGCUGCGCGCUGCUGCUCAUCCCCGUCGUCUACCAGGUCCGGAGCCAGGGUCCCAAGGAUGGCGGGAGCCGGCCGAGCCUGGCCGCCGGGCCGGAGCAGCCCCCCAGCCCCUGCACCCCGCUCCUGCAGGACUCUCUCCACGGGCAGCCCGCCAGCCCCCGAGCCUGAGCCCCGGCGGUGGCCGCGCCUGCGCGCACACACGUGCACAGGCGUUGGCGGACACGCUCAGGGACGGAGCUGCUGCUGACGGGACUCGGGGAGAGGCGCUCAUCAACAAGCACUGUACUGGAACCUUCUUUCCAUGUGACCCCCAGCCUGACCACGGGCGCUGCGGGCGUUGCGUCCCUCCCUUGGGUGAGCCUGGCCGUUAGCCGCUGGGCCCGGGCUCUUGACGACUCCUGCCACCUCUUGGGGUCUCCCUUCCCGUCAGGACAAAACCCUGCAGCCCUGGCCUGGCAGCUCGCCCUCCGGCACGGGCCUCUCACUCCGGGGCCGGGCGCUGUCCUGGAGGCCCAGGCUGGGCAGCAGCCUCGCGGUGCCAAAGCCAGGCGGGCAGGGGCCUGGCACUGAGCGAGCUCUGGCCACGGUUUUCCUGCCUGCCUGGGCCCGGGAUGCCCGGGGCAGCUGCUUCCCCGGUCUCCACACCCUCUCGCGGGACCUGGGGUGCCCUGAGGUCCGCACAGGCACUGGGUUUGGAUGUCAGAGGCCCUUUUCCUCCAGCCUAAGCUGACACAGUCCUGUACACUGAGCCGGCCACUCCCUGGCUGGCGUGGCAGCAAGCUGAGCCCCGAGCUGCCCCCGGCCCAGGGUCCCUCGGAUUUUAGGUGCCAGCGUGGAGGCAGGGAGGCCUCGGGGGCCCGUCGGCAGGGUGUCUGCCCUGGGGUGGGCUCCCCCUCUGCCCCGCGCUCCUGGGUCCCGGGGCAAGCGCCUGUUGUCCCUUCUCGACUGGAAGAGAAAUGAAUUUUAUCAUCUUUUCAAAAUGAUUCACUA